CGGGACGCCGCAGAGCCCGGAGCCGGGGGCAGCUUCGGCCAGCUUUCCCAGCCUGGCCCCAGUGUCGGGCCGUGGGGAGGCUGAGGAGGAGGAGGACAACGAGCAAGAGCCGGCGGAGGUCUCUGGGGCGGCGGUGUCUGAUGUCUGGUGGAGCAGGCGCUUGGAUCCUGAGAGCAGGGAGUUGGUUGGAACUUCGGGAUGUUAGAAUCAAUGGGCUUGGAAUAGCUGGCCGGUCACUUGCCUCUGCUCUGUUUGACACUGACUGAAUGGGGACGAUGAUACUUAUCUCAGUCAGGGAUUUGAUAAAAUGAUUAAAAUUAAGUAGGACAUGGCAUAACCCUACACUUACCAGCAGUUUCCUUUCCUGUCGGUUUCCUUUCUUCUUCCUGGGAUAGAUCUAUCUGUGUGCGCUGUGGACUUCAGGAUACUUGGGCAUCGCCUACUAUGACACUAGUGACUCUACCAUCCACUUCAUGCCGGAUGCCCCAGACCAUGAGAGUCUCAAGCUUCUCCAGAGAGGUGGGAGCAGAACCAUGGAUUCCUCUACUCUGAGACUGGAAGUGUAUUUCACUCUUCUAUCCUUACCUGUCUCAAUUUAUUUUAUUGACUCCCAGAAGUUCCCCCUGUUGUUUAUAGGAAUUCAUUUCAUUAUUCAACACUUAUUGUUUAUAAUGUAUCAGGUGCUGGGCAAAUCAGUCAUGUCUGUCCUGCAGGGCUUUGGAGUCUAGUGACAAUCUCCAGGUCACUCUUCUCUCCUGCCACCCUGCCAGUCUUCUCAUUCCUCAAUCUCAUGCCUGACUCCUACCUAUGCUCCCAAUGUGCAGAGCACCUCUUACUUUUAGAGGGAGGAAAUGAGGGUGCGUUUGUUUGUUUGUUUGUUUGUUUGUUUGUUUGUUUUGGAGGGAGUAGAAGGAAAUAGCAAGGGGAGGCCUUAUGCAUACCCCCUUAGAGGACCCUUUUACUCAUUUGGUCUCCAUUCUUCUUCCAAGUGUUGGAUGAAAUCAAUCCCCGGUCUGUUGUUACGAGUGCCAAACAGGAUGAGAAUAUGACUCGGUUUCUAGGGAAGCUUGGUAAGGACUGGGUAAGGGGAAAAGCAAAAAUGGGAAAGGAGUGAACUGUGGAAUAUUCCAGGAGACUAAAGGGUCUUGGAGGAGAACAGCCAGGAGGCCAGAAUUGGGUGAGAGGGAAGGUGGGACAGAGGCAGAGGACUGAGAUGUUCAGACUCAUGGCCCUUUCUCUGCUUCCCCCACAGCCUCCCAGGAACACAGAGAGCCUAAGAGACCUGAAAUUGUAUUUUUGCCAAGUGUGGAUUUUGGUUCGAGCACUUGGAGGGCUGCUCAAGUUCCUGGGUCGAAGAAGAAUUGGGGUUGAACUGGAAGAUUAUAACGUCAGCGUCCCCAUCCUGGGCUUUAAGAAAUUUGUGUUGACCCAUCUGGUGAGCAUAGAUCAAGACACUUACAGUGUUCUGCAGAUAUUUAAGAGUGAGUCUCACCCUUCAGUGUACAAAGUGGCCAGUGGACUGAAGGAGGGGCUUAGCCUGUUUGGAAUCCUCAAUAGAUGCCACUGUAAGUGGGGACAGAAGCUGCUCAGGCUAUGGUUCACACGUCCGACUCACGACCUGGGAGAGCUAAAUUCUCGGUUGGAUGUCAUCCAGUUUUUCCUACUACCCCAGAAUCUGGACAUGGCUCAAAUGCUGCAUCGGUUGCUGGGUCAUAUCAAGAAUGUGCCUCUGAUUUUGAAACGCAUGAAGCUGUCCCACACCAAGGUCAGCGACUGGCAAGUUCUGUACAAGACUGUGUAUAGUGCCCUGGGCCUGAGGGAUGCCUGCCGCUCCCUGCCCCAGUCCAUCCAGCUCUUUCAGGACAUUGCCCAAGAGUUCUCUGAUGACCUGCACCAUAUUGCCAGCCUCAUUGGGAAAGUGGUGGAUUUUGAGGGCAGUCUUGCUGAAAAUCGUUUCACAGUCCUCCCCAACAUAGAUCCUGAAAUUGAUGAGAAAAAACGAAGGCUGAUGGGACUUCCCAGUUUCCUCACUGAGGUUGCCCGAAAGGAGCUAGAGAAUCUGGACUCCCGUAUUCCUUCAUGCAGUGUCAUCUACAUCCCUCUGAUUGGCUUUCUUCUUUGUAUUCCCCGCCUGCCUUUUAUGGUAGAGGCUAGUGACUUUGAGAUUGAAGGACUGGACUUCAUGUUUCUGUCAGAGGAGAAGCUGCACUAUCGUAGUGCUCGAACCAAGGAGCUGGAUGCAUUGCUGGGGGACCUGCACUGUGAUAUCCGGGACCAGGAGACCUUGUUGAUGUACCAGCUGCAGUGUCAGGUGCUGGCGCGGGCAGCUGUCUUGACCCGUGUGUUGGACCUUGCCUCCCGCCUGGACGUCCUGCUGGCUCUUGCCAGUGCUGCCCGGGACUAUGGCUACUCAAGGCCCCGUUACUCCCCCCAACUCCUUGGGGUCCGAAUCCUGAAUGGCAGACAUCCUCUGAUGGAACUCUGUGCCCGAACCUUCGUGCCCAACUCUGCAGAGUGUGGCGGGGACAAAGGGAGGAUCAAAGUCAUCACCGGACCCAACUCCUCAGGGAAGAGCAUAUACCUCAAACAGGUAGGCUUGAUCACAUUCAUGGCCCUGGUGGGCAGCUUUGUGCCAGCAGAGGAAGCCGAAAUUGGGGCGGUAGAUGCCAUCUUCACCCGGAUUCAUAGCUGCGAAUCCAUCUCCUUGGGCCUCUCCACCUUCAUGAUCGACCUUAACCAGGUGGCGAAAGCAGUGAACAAUGCCACCAAGCAGUCUCUGGUCCUCAUUGAUGAAUUUGGAAAGGGAACCAACACGGUGGAUGGGCUUGCGCUUCUAGCUGCUGUGCUACGACACUGGCUGGCACUUGGACCCAUGUGCCCUCACAUCUUUGUGGCCACCAACUUUCUGAGCCUUGUUCAGCUACAGCUGCUGCCACAGGGGCCCCUUGUGCAGUAUUUGGGAUUGGCCAAGGGUUUCAGGGCAGGAAGCAGAGACAUUGAUGACACACUGUCCCCUUGUAUCUCUUUUAAGACCAUGGAGACCUGUGAGGAUGGGGACGACCUAGUCUUCUUCUAUCAGGUUUGUGAAGGUAUUGCCAACGCCAGCCAUGCAUCCUACACAGCUGCCCAGGCUGGGCUUCCCGGCAAUCUCAUUGCCCGUGGCAAGGAGGUCUCAGAUUUGAUCCGCAGUGGGAAACCCAUCAAGCCUGUCAAGGAGUUGCUAAAGGAGAAGCAAAUGGAAAAUUGCCAGACGUUGGUAGAUAAAUUUCUGAAACUGGAUUUGGAAGAUCCCAACUUGGACCUGGACAUUUUCAUGAGUCAGGAAGUGCUGCCGGCUGCCACUGGCAUCCUUUGAGAGUCCUUCCUUGGCUUUCCUCCACUUCCCAAGACCCCAGCGAGCUGCCAUGCCCUGUCUCUUUCCUGGUCUCCCUCAGGCCCAAAAUUCUCAAUUUUCCUGGAAAUUCUGUUUCACGUCAGGAAUAAAGUUUAUUUCAGAGCAA